UGUAUUUCCCACAGACGUUUUCCAUUGCUGUGAGAUUUCACCAUGUGGCUCUCACUGGUGAUCCUCGUGGCUCUCUGUGCCGUGGGAAAACCAGAGGAAAACACAACACAGGGUCCAGCAAAAGAAGAAAAACUCAUUGUUGCAAGGGGAAAACUGAUGGCUCCCAGUGUGGUGGGAUGAUCCAUAAAGAAGAUGCCUGAGCUCUACAAGUUCCUCAUGGAGCAUUGGGCACUGUAUCAUAAUCUGGAGUACGAUUCAGGAGAAGACAAAAACCCACAUCUUAUCUUCUACAAUGACAAGGAUGAGGAGGUGAAGAUUGUUCCACUGAAGAAGAUGAAGGCUGAUGAGAUCUGUGAUCUUCUGGACUCUCUUGGUUUCUACAAGAGGUCACAGAAAGGCGAGGAGGUCCCUGAAGAAUUUAUGAACUUCCCCUUGAAGGCAACACGAGACGAACUCUGACCCCUGGUGGCCAACAGCUGCAAUUGCAUAAAGCGAAAUGACGCCUGGGACCUCAAGGCCUCACAAUCGGGUCAGGUUCUGGGCUGAGAUAGCUUCAGCUUGGUGCAGCAGCUGUUUGCAACUAGUCAAAUAAUCAUGAUGAAUUUCUUAAUAAAUGGCUUUGAAAAUUUUCA